AUGGUUUCCGAUAGCGAAGUAUCAUUUUUUAAGGGUAUCCUGCUUGGGAGCAUUUCCAGUGUUUUAAUAACCGUGUUUAGCCAAAUUAACAUUCGACAGGAAGGUAACAUUCAAGACCAUGAGCACCAUCACCUUCGUGCAUCUAUUAGAGAAGAUUUCUUAAAAAUGCCAGACGUACAACGCAUAGAGUUUAGUAAAAGUAUCCGUGUUUACUGUAUCAUACUUGGAGAAUCCGUGUAUGGGAGGAGUUACCGGCCUAUACUGAAACAAACUUGGACAAAACACUGUGACGAAGCUGAGUUCUAUAGCUGUAAAAACGAUCAUUUGUUCAAUAUAGAAACAAAUGACAUGUGGCUACAGAUGAGGGAAACAUACAAAUAUGUCUUUGAAAAGUAUGGCUACAACUACAAUUGGUUCUUCCUUACACGUCCCACUACGUUUGCUGUCACUGAAAAUUUAAAGCAUUUUUUGUUGAAGAAGGAUGCAACACAGCCUUUCUAUCUGGGCCACACUAUAAAAUCUGGAGAUCUCGAAUAUGUAGCUAUGGAAGGUGGCAUUGUCUUAAGUAUGGAGUCGAUGAAAAGAUUAAAUAGCGUUCUCAAUUCUGAAAAUUGUGCAGAUCAAAGUAUGAUUUGGAAGUUAGCUGAAGAUAAGCAACUGGCACUCUGCCUGAAAUAUGCAGGAGUUCUUGCAGAAAAUGCAGAGGAUUCUGAAGGAAGAAAUGUAUUCAAUACAAAAUCAAUUGUACAUCUUAUUCAAGAAGCAAUAUCUAAUAACCCUCAGCAAGUAAUAGAAGGCUGCUGUUCAGAUAUGGCUAUCAGUUUUAAUGGACUGACUCCGGAAAAGAUGGAGGUAAUGAUGUAUGGUGUGUACCGCCUUAGGGCAUUUGGACAUCAUUUCAAUGAUACACUGGUUUUCUUACCUCCAAAAGAUUCAGAAAAUGACUGA